AUGGAGUACAGGCAGCGAGGAUCCCUAUACCUUCCUCAAUCAACAAUCGAUUCUCAAUCCUCACGAAUAUCCAUCGGUGCUCUGCUAAAUCCAUCCCGACAAACCUCCGACUUCUCUUCCAUCCCUCCAACUUCUCCCCGCCCGCACGAUUCUUACCACUACUACCAUCGACAACAACACCAAAACCAAAACCAACACUAUCCAGAGUCUUAUGGACAAUCGCAUUACACCUCAACCCAAAAUCCCACUAGUAGCCACCCAUCCAUAGAAAGUCAAGCAGGAGUAUAUUCAGAUUCCCAUCAGGCCCCGCACUCCGUUUCCGCGAAUUCUUCUCCGGGACUCUACCCGAGAGAGCGCUUUCCAUCCGUUUCAAGUGGCUCAUCCGCAAUUGUCGAAAGGCGGCGUGCGCCGCGACCGAAAUAUGACGAAGAAGAAAUGUACUUCAUCUGGUACCAUCGUGUCGAUCUACACCAGGAGUGGAAGGAAGUGCGUGAAAGCUUUAACGCCCAGUUCCCUAAUCGCCAACGGAGGGGAUUCCAGGGUAUCCAGUGCAAAUACUACAGAUUCAUCAAGGAAAAGAACUGCCCGACACUACGAGAGCAACGCCGUAGACGGAGCGGCGGCAACAGCGGCGAAAACGGCAGUGAAAACAUCAGCAGUGGGAGUGACGCGAAUUCAAGAAACGAUUUCCAUGAGGAUUUACCGCAAUAUGGGGUUAUUAAGUGGACGGAAGUCAGGUUUCCAUGGAUGAAGGAAUGGCAUACUACGCAGUCAUGA